UGUUGAAGAAAGUUCGUGAUAUGUAAUAUCUAGAUCAAAGUAUUAAUUUAAAAACAAUUAAUUUCAUAUAAUUCUGUCAUGCAUGCAUCUGUACAUAAUAUCUGCACAUGCUUAGAUAAUUAUUUUUUAAGUUGAAUUAUACACACACAUUUUGAUAUUACAGAAGCGGGCGCUCAUUUCCAAAUAUAGUUUUCUAUGUUUGUGUGUGUAUCAUAGACGUGUACAAAGUGUUUUGCAUACAGAAUUGUUUGUCAUCGAUUCAGUCCAUCUAUUUUCCGUAUUGUUUUGAAAACACAACCUAAACUAUCAGAAUCGGAGGUGUACGAACUGCAUGCAAUUACUGCACAUUUCAUAGGUGAAAAUAAAGCUAGAUAUUGAAUACAUCAUUAUGGAAGAGCAUCAUGCAACUUUGCUGAGAAAAUAUCGACCAUUCAUUGUCAAGCAACUGAUAGAUAUUGAAGCAGUGUGUGACCAAUUGAUUGCAUUCGAAAUCUUCACAGAGAACAUGGUAGAUGAUAUUAUGUCAAAAUCUCCGAGUGCCAGUAAAACAAGACAUCUGCUAUCAUUGCUGGUGAUGCGUGGUCCUAAUGCAUUUAAUUCAUUUUAUGAAGCUUUGAUAAUUACAAAAAACAACCUAAUUGCUUUUGUUUUGAAACCACCAAAUUCAGGUGGGGAAACAAAACCAAAAGCAGAUUCUCCUGACGAAACUAUUUUAUUAAAGGUUCCAAGUUUUGAUAUUUCACAAAGAGAAAUGAAUGAUAAUCAAGAUUUUAGAAGCCUUGGAAUACAACAGGGAAAUUUAGAUGAUUCUAAGACAGAAUAUAGCGAAUAUGAUAAUGAAAUGUUACAAAGAAACCAAACAAAGAGUAAAUCAGCAUUUAGCUUCACAGCUCAAGUUUCUGAAGAAAACAGUCUAAGUUCAGGCAUUUUAGUGUCUGGAUCUGACCUACACGUUGCCCAUGGUAACCCAGAGGUUUCAAGUGAGGAACAAAGGUGUGCGGAGAACAUCCAUCAAAACCCUUAUGGGGCUCAUAAUCAAGAGGCUGCUUGUUCUCUACAAGGCUGCUUAAGUGUUCCUUCAGAUAAUUCACUGGCUACAGAACUAUUAAAUACCACAAGGGGCAACACUGAACGAGGACAAGAAGUUACUUUUUCCAGUAGUGAUGAACAUGUUGCACGGUCGGGAGGAAUUUCGUCAUCCCAACCUGUAGAACAAAACUACGCAUCAAACUUUGCAGCUUCUGCAGAAAGAACAAGUAACUGGCCAAGAACAAGGUCACAUUCACGUCCUCUUGCUGAUAUGAAUAUAAAUAAACCCGCACUCAGUCAACAGCAGUUGCAGCAGUUUUCUAUGGAAAUAGCUACUGAUCAGGUCUACCCGGUAGAUCCAAAAUAUCAGCGACGGAUUAUCAUCAUCAAUAAUUCUACAUUUCUGGCAAAUUCUGGACUGCCACCACGAACCACUGGAAAUAUUGAUGCAACCAGCCUGGAUCUGCUCUUCAAGAAGUUGGAUUUCCACACAAAGACCUACAACGAUUGUUCUUGUGAGAGGAUGCUGGACAUCUUAAAUGAAGAAAAAAAUAGAGAUAAUCUCCAACAGAUUGGUGCUUUAGUUGUAGUAAUUUUAUCACACGGAGAAGGGGAGAAGAUUUACGGGACAGACGGUCGAACUGUUAACCUUAGAGACAUAAUCAAACUGUUCAAUGAAGAACACUGCCCAGAACUAACAGGAAAACCUAAACUCUUCUUUAUCUUAGCCUGCAGUAGACAACAAAGACAAUCAAGAAGAAUGGAUGAAGAAUCUGUCAGUGAAGGAGUGGAUGAAGCUGUCAGUGAAGGAGUGGAUGAAGAAUCUGGCAGUGAAGAAAUAGACUAUAGUAGCCUUUCAGUGGACAUACUCAACAGUAUGGUCUCCAAGGAAACAGAGGAUGGAAGAACUGUACCAAGGGAUAUGUUUAUUGCUAGGGCAACAACACAGUGUAAUGCAAUGUUUCGGGGAGUUUCUUUUGGAUCCCGAUUUAUUCAAGCACUUAUCCAUGUCGUAAAAGAACAUUCAUAUAAAGAUGAUGUAAUGACACUUAUGGAAAAGAUGAACCAACUAGUAGAACCAAUUGAAAGACCCUUGGUAGAGUAUACAAAUAUUCUCCCCAAAAAGUUCUAUUUUUUUCACGCUUCUUCAGAACAGUCGCUAACAUUUACAUUGUAAAUUUUUUUUUUUUUGUGUUGAAAAAAUUUUUCAUAUUAGUAUAUACUGCUUUAAAAAAAGAAACAGACACCAUACAAGUAUUAUAAAAGUGACCCAAGGAGAAAGUUUGUUGUAAAAGUGGCUUAAUGUAUCAUUUUUUGAUUCCUUGUUUAAGUAACUGAAUGUUAUGCAAAUGUGUACGAGAGAACUAAUAUCAUACAUCUUUAAUUGAAUUGUCUGAAUGUUACACAAGUGUGUACAGGUGAUCUGAUAUCAUACAUCUUUAAAUGAAUUGUCUGAAUGUUACACAAGUGUGUACAGGUGAUCUAAUAUCAUACAUCUUUAAAUGAAUUGUCUGAAUGUUACACAAGUGUGUACAGGUGAUCUAAUAUCAUACAUCUUUAAUUGAAUUGUCUGAAUGUUACACAAGUGUUAUGAAAAUUCACCCAUCUUAAUAGGCAGUCAGUAUCACAUUGACUAACAUUGUGAUUUGAUUUGAGUUGAAAGGCAGCUGUCCAUGGCAUUAUUUAAUUGUUAAUUUACUGAAACAAAGCAAUCUUUCAAGUCUUGUAGAAAUGUA